AUGGAUAAACAAGCUCCACCGACCGGGAUUCAGCGAAAGAAAGUUCUCGUGUGUGGGCUGCGCAAGAGCGGGAAAACCUCUGCGCUUCGAGUGCUCACCCACGGCAUUGCACCCAAGGAUACUUUUUACAUUGAAACAACCACACAGAUCGUCAAGGAGGAGGUUGAUACGAUUAUUCCCCUGGAGGUAUGGGACUGUCCAGGUUCAACGACAGUCGAAAAUCUUGGCGUUCCACUUUCACAAUUCUCGUCUAUCGUGUUCUUUAUAGAUAUACAGGACGACUAUCAUCUUCCUAUCAAACGGUUUUACGAACUUGUAGUUGCAGCAUACGAAGCUGGCAUCACAAACCUUCCAUUUGAAGUGUUGGUUCAUAAAGCCGAAGCGCAUUCUGAGGAUUAUCGCGUCGACAAUUUCAGAGAAAUUCAAUCGAGGAUUGAAGAUGAACUAUACGACUAUCCGAGCGAACCGUUGCAUACGUUUUACCCCAUCAACUAUUACAUGACGUCCGUCUACGACCACACUACCCACGAGGCAUUUUCGAGAAUCGUUCAAAGGAUAACAUCGCAGGUUCAUAUCGCUGCAUUAGAAAAUCUGAUGAAUGUCCUGACUCCAAACUGCUCCAUGGCGAAAAGCUUCCUAUUCGAUGUCAAUCUCAAAAUCUAUGUAGCGACCGAUGCGUCACCAGUAGACCCGGGAAGCUAUGAAGCUUGCUCAGAAUAUGUUCAAACCAUCUUGACUCUUGCUAAACUCUAUCAUAAUAUACCUGCCCACCCACGUUCACAAAUCAACAUGUCGUCAACGUUGACAUCCCCUACGACUCCCACACCACAAUAUCCUUCCGGCCCCCCAUUCCAGUCCAAGCCCGAAGUCGCGAGCGAUGCACACUCCACCAAUUCACGAGAGGAGCUAUUCCCAGAAGGAGAAUGGGCCUCUAGUUUUGCUCAGUUGGCACCAGAAACGACUUUAGCGUACUGGCAGAUUACUGGCUCACUCGCACUGGUUUCGCUUGUUCGAAGCGACGUGUUCGAAACCAAGCGGGGCCUAAUUGAAUAUAACGUCGCUUUUUUCCGAGAUGCGGUUCAGAAGAUUCAGAGGAUCGCAAUGAGCGGUGGAAAACCUGUCUAG